AUGAAAAUGAGAAGUAAAUUUAUUCCUAGACAUUUCAAGCUAGCGAAAGUUACUAGUCGUGUUGGGUACGAUGAUUUGUUUCAUAUUUUAGUUAAAAGAAUUAUUUUUAAACAUUUAAAUAUUUUUAACAUAAAAUUGUCUCUUUUAAAUAUUUUCUUUAUUCCUAUAAAUUUUACUUUAAAUAUGUAA